AAUCCCCACAAAGCAGGGUAAAACCCUAGUUCAUUUCGUGCGCGCUUUUCAGUGUUGAAGCUUUGAGCAGAGGCAUCGGUCGUUCUUUCAUUCGCUCGCUCACUCACUCUCAGGAAGAGACAACACAAUGAAGUUCAACAUUGCCAAUCCAACCACUGGCUGCCAGAAGAAGCUCGAGAUUGAUGACGAUCAGAAGCUGCGAGCAUUUUGGGACAAGAGAAUUUCACAGGAGGUCAGUGGAGAUGCUCUGGGUGAGGAGUUCAAAGGAUAUGUGUUCAAAAUCACUGGUGGUUGUGACAAACAAGGAUUCCCAAUGAAGCAGGGAGUGCUGACACCUGGUCGAGUUCGUCUUUUGCUCCACAGAGGAACUCCUUGCUUCCGUGGGUAUGGAAGGCGCAAUGGAGAGCGUAGGAGGAAGUCUGUUCGUGGGUGCAUUGUCAGCCCAGAUCUUUCUGUUCUGAACUUGGUAAUUGUGAAAAAGGGAGAAAGUGAUUUACCAGGACUGACUGAUGUUGAAAAGCCAAGAAUGAGAGGUCCAAAGAGAGCAUCUAAGAUUCGUAAGCUGUUCAACCUGUCUAAGGAAGAUGAUGUGAGGAAGUAUGUCAACACAUACCGUCGAACCUUCACAACAAAAGCUGGGAAAAAGGUGAGCAAAGCUCCAAAGAUUCAACGACUUGUGACUCCAUUGACCCUGCAAAGGAAGAGGGCAAGAAUUGCUGAUAAGAAGAAGAGAAUUGCCAAGGCAAAAUCAGAGGCAGCUGAGUAUCAGAAACUUCUUGCCUCCAGAUUGAAGGAGCAGAGAGAACGCCGCAGUGAGAGUUUGGCAAAGAGGAGGUCCAAGAUUUCCAGUGUUGCUAAGCAGCCUGCCGCUGCAUAGGCCAGCUGCUCUCACAAGAUAUGGUGAAACUUAAUCUCAUCAUAGUUUUGGUAGUGUCACUCCAUGAUGGAUGAUGGCUUCUUUAUCCUAAACGUUUAUGGUUUUUCUAUUUAAACACACUAGAGUAUAUUCAAUGUUUCUUGGUGUUGUAUUUGAGACUACCUAAUUGAAGAAUUUUGCCUGCUUGAAUUCUUUUAUCCUUUCGAGUAUGUACUAUGUAGCAUGUCGGUAUUUGUGAACUUGAAUAUAUUUUACUUAUCACUUUAUUUGUCUGAACGCA